GCAACACUCAAAAAAAUAUUAGUUAGAUGGCGUUUAGUUUUUCAUCAACUUAGCCGAAGUCCUUCCUCUCCACCGUCCCGGCUGCUUCCCUCCGGAUCCAAGCAGAGGUGGAAAUUGGACAAAGCUGAUUAUAUAUAUUCCUUUUCUUGUUUUGGGUGUUCUAUGAUAUUUGUGGUGGUGAAUUGAUGAUGAAUAUCAACAGAGACGAGGCUCUUAGAGCCAAAGAUAUGGCGGAGGAUUUGAUGAAAAAGACGGAUUUCACUAAUGCUCGGAAGCUUGCACUGAGGGCUCACAAAUUGGAACCUAGCUUGGAGAACAUAUCACGCAUGAUCAUGGUGUGUGAUGUGCACUGCGCUGCAACUGAGAAGUUGUUUGGGAAUGAGAUGGAUUGGUAUGGCAUACUCCAGGUUGAGCUGAAUGCUAAUGAUAUUACCAUCAAGAAACAGUACAAAAGGCUGGCGCUUCUUCUCCAUCCAGAUAAAAACAAGCUUCCCGGUGCUGAAUCUGCAUUCAAGUUGAUCGGUGAAGCUCAGAGGAUACUUUUGGAUAAAGAUAAGAGGGCGCAACAUGACAUUCAACGCAAAACAUGUAGAAAGCCUGCAACAGCAUCAUAUAAACCCCAACAGGUGCCGAAUUAUCACACACAGCAGGCAAGCGAUAUUAUGAGGAAUGUCUUCAAUUUCCAGAGUGCAAAAAGCUCAUGUCAUACUACAUCUUCUUUCCCACAACAGAACAAGUUUCCAGGCCAAAAGGCUUGUAAUGAAACGGAGAAGCGUCCAGGUAAUCAUGCCACUGUUUCCUCUAGAAAUGCGCCGGGUUCUACUGCAGAAAACAAUAAUGGAAAGAGGAAGAGAAACAAUAUGGUUGCAUCUAGUGAAAGCUCUGACAGUGAGAGUGACAGCGAGUCAGAUGAUGUUGUAAAUGAUGAUACCAUGGGAGCACAAGAUUUGGGGUCCAAUGGAGGAGAGCAGCGUCGGAGGUCGGUCCGUAGCAAGCGGCAGGUUUCCUAUGAUGAGAAUUUGAGCGACGACGACGACGAUGUAGACUUAGUCAACGAAAAUGGUAAAGGGUCCGGGAAAAAUAUAGAUGCUGAAAGGGAAGAAGAGAAAGAAGACGAAAAGCAAACACAUGAGGAUCAUCACUCUACUGAAACCUUGCCGAAUGGCAAAAACCCGAAAGAGAAAAUAAAAGAAGACCAGGUGGAAAGCUCUGGUGGUGACAGUGACCCGGAGGAAGAGUUAAGUUCAGGGAGUGCAGCAAAACCAAAUAUAAUCCAGUGUGUUGAUGCUGAUUUCAAUGACUUCGAUAAGGAGAGGGAAAAAAGCCGUUUUCAAGUUGGCCAGAUCUGGGCUUUAUAUGAAGAAGAGGGAAUGCCUAGAUUUUAUGCUCUCAUAAAAAAGGUUAAAACUCCAGACUUCUUGCUUAAGUACGUAUGGUUAGAGGCAGACGAAGAUGAAGAGGAUGAAACACGAAGUUUGCCUGUCUCUGUUGGUAACUUCGAACUUGGGGAAGAGGAGGAGACAAAUGCGUGUGCCAUUUUCUCUCAUUUGGUCUACGAGAAAACAAGACGCAAUGGCCGUCGCUUUAAGGUAUUCCCGAGGAAAGGAGAAACGUGGGCACUUUACAAGAACUGGAAUAAGAACUCGUCCUCUGAACCAGAUUCUCCUCGUGAGUAUGAGUUUGUUGAGAUCCUGUCUGACAGUGCAGAGCAAACCGCUAUAUCAGUCGCGUCCUUGUCUAAAGUGAAAGGCUUUACUUGUGUUUUCCGUCCAAUGCCAAAGGAUGGAUCGGACGCUUUUGAAAUUCCACCUCAUGAGUUCCGUAGAUUCUCACAUAGAGUUCCGUCCGUCAAACUCAAGGGAACAGAAGGGAGAGGUGUAUCAGAAGGUUGGUAUGAGCUUGAUCCAGCUGCUUUACCAUUCCCUUACUCUCAAAACAUAUCAGGAGAAGAAACAACUCAAGACCAAGACCAUCAAUCUCCACCUUCAGGAUCUGCCUGUUGAUAUUAUCACCAAUUAUCGGAAGGAGCCGGUUUAUUUUGAUCGGGCGUACAGGUUUUACUGACAAAGAGAAACCAGAGCUCCCCAGAGUCCUUUUGUUGAGCUCGAUACCUGUGUGUCAUAAUUCUGGUGGGAGAUUGUUUUCAUUAUUCAUCUAGCCCUUACGUUUUCUCUUUGUUUGUUUACUCAGACAUGUAGCUUAAUUAAGAUAUGCUUUAAACUCAA